AUGUCUGCAAUAGGAAGGGAUGGUAACAACCAAAUCUUUCCAAUUGCAUAUGCAAUGGUUGAAGCAGAGACCAAAGAUUCAUGGGAAUGGUUUUUGCAGCUGCUAUUGGAAGAUUUAAGUGCAUUCAAUCAAAGAGUAUAUGGAUUUAUAUCUGACCGACAGAAGAGGUUGGUUCCUGUAAUUCAAAGCAUUAUAGCCCAUGUGGAGCAAAGACUUUGUGUCAAGCACCUAUAUGGAAACUGA